CAAAGCUAGCCAAUCCGGAGCCAGUGCUUGUGGAGUUGUGUGGUUGCUGUGGGUAAAUUAAAGUGACAGGUUAUUCAUUCUUUGCGUUCAGCUCGAACCUCGACCGGCUCAUCCGAAAUGGCAAAUCCGAAGUACGCCGAUCUUCCCGGAAUUGCGUACGAGCAGCCGGACAUAUACGAGACGGAAGAUCUGCCGGAGUCUGAUCAAGUGAUCUCGGACGUGGGCGUGGACCAGUCCGACAGUGUGAACACGUUGGCGGUUUCGGUAACAGAAGCCUAUGAAAAGUUCAAGGGUUGUACGGUAGACUCGUCGACCGUCGAUUUCACAGAGGGCAUCUCAAGGCAACCAAAGAAGGGCUACCAUGUCACCUCCGGUGAAUGGGAAAUGGCUGGAGAGAAGGAGCCUGAAAACCUGCAGCAGAAGCACCAACGACUCCAGUUUGAAGUUCGUGAGCUGCUUAACGAAGUGCAAUCCAUCAAGGAAAGUGCGCAGGAAGGAGACCAAGGUGGCCUGGCAGAGCCAGCCUACCUAUUGCAGCAGGCGCAAUUUAUACAGAAGAUGCUGCUGGACUUGGACCUGGAGCGCGUGCUUGGGGCACCGACCUUGCAAGCACUGUCUGACCCUCAGGCUGCUUUGCACAGUACCUUGGUGAGUCAGCUGGAGCGACUUCGCUCUGGUCCCCCUCCGGCCACUCCUCCGGUCAAGGCGAAGCCAGCCACGGAGCCCGUUCAAGACGCAGUACAGACCACAAUCAAGGUGGCCAGCUUGGAGGAACGCAUCAAGAAGCUGGAAAACCUGGUUGGAACCGAUACUCAAAAGCUGUCAAUGCUUACGAGUCACACAAGUGGAAACUGCCUCACCGACAUUACGCAGCUGCUUUCUUCACGGCUACACCUGCUUGAAUCGUCGCACCUGGACCAGGUGGAAGCGAGGCUGUCGCUUCUCCAGCAGAAGAUGCAGCAGUGUGCCGACAAGAAGGUUGCCCUGGAAGAGCUGGACAAAAGUGGCAAGGUGAAUGAAUUGUACGAGCUGCUGAAGAAAGCAGAUGCCAUGGGGAACUCGCUCAACCAGGUAGUGGAGCGGCUGGUUUGCCUUCAAGGAGUGCACGAACAUGCACUGCAGUUUUCCAAGGCAGUCUCCCAACUGGACCUUGUGCAACAGCACCUGUCGCUAGCGCUCAAGGGCAAUGAAAAGAAUUUGGCAGAGGCACAGAAGAAUUUUGCAGAGAACAUGGAGACCAUAACGAAGAACUUGGCUUUGCUGGAAACAAAGAUGGCUGCCCUGAAGAAGUGACACCCUG